CUGCAAAAGAUCCUCUUCUACCAAGUACUCUAGCCACCAUGGUCGCCAGUGAAGUCGCUCCCGCCGUCGCCGCCGAAGGUACCUUCCUCGUCAAGGCCGGCCUCGCCAAGAUGCUCAAGGGCGGUGUCAUCAUGGACGUCAUCAACGUCGAGCAGGCGCGCAUCGCCGAAGAGGCCGGCGCCGUCGCCGUCAUGGCGCUUGAGCGCAUCCCCGCUGACAUCCGCGCCGACGGUAGCGUUGCCCGCAUGUCGGACCCGGCCAUGAUCGAAGCCAUCAAGAAGGCCGUGACGAUCCCCGUCAUGGCCAAGGUCCGCAUCGGCCACUUUGUCGAAGCGCAGAUCUUGGAGGCGGUCGAGAUCGACUACAUCGACGAGAGUGAAGUGUUGACGAUGGCCGACGAGGAGAACCACAUCAACAAGCACAAGUUUAAGGUCCCGUUUGUCUGCGGCUGCCGCAACCUCGGCGAGGCCCUCCGCCGCAUCGCCGAAGGCGCCGCCAUGCUCCGCACCAAGGGCGAAGCCGGUACCGGCAACGUUGUUGAGGCUGUCCGCCACGCCCGCGCGGUCCAGCGCGAGAUCAAGCGCCUUACCGCCAUGGACGAAGACGAGCUCUUUGUUGCCGCCAAGGAAAUGCAGGCCCCGUACGACCUCGUCAAGCAGGUCGCUGCCACGGGCCGCCUCCCGGUCGUCAACUUUGCCGCCGGUGGCGUUGCGACGCCUGCCGAUGCCGCUUUGAUGAUGCAGCUCGGCAUGGAUGGUGUCUUUGUCGGCUCGGGCAUCUUCAAGUCGGGCGACCCGGUCAAGCGCGCCCGCGCCAUGGUCCAGGCUGUCACGCACUACAAGGACGCCAAGAUCCUCAAGGAAAUCUCGACGGACCUCGGCGAGGCCAUGGUCGGCAUCCAGGACCUCAAGAAGUCGAACGUUAACUUCCGCGAUCGCGAGGGCGGCCUCCACGGCACGUGGUAAACACGUCCAAUCCGCUUAGACUCUUAGGUUUUGCCUGCAAUAAAUGUUCAUAUGUGCUUACUCGCUU